AGCUAAGCUGUCUGUUUGUCUACCAUCUGUAGUUCAUUUCUGUUUGUCCGCUGCAGUUGUUGUUCACACUGCUGAGAGGUAAGAAUUCUGUUUAAUAUAGAUAAGAAUUUAGCUCACUUGUAAAGUGUAGCCUCGCUAGACUCCUGCAACGCGAACAAAGAUAAUUCAGCUAAGAACUCACACUCUCCGCUCGAUCGAACUGAAGUCAUUUGCCCUGAAGUGCCUCUGCCGUCAUUUCUGUCAGUUCACUCAAACUCUCUGAUAUCUUCAAUAUUCGCUGGUUUCCCUUUAUAUUCUAAGUUUUUGGGUUUUUGAUCUAUUACAACUGUAGCGACGCCCGUCAAAUGCUGAGCACAAAGACUCAAAACGAUUUUGAUAAAGUUAAACAAAGGCGCGUUCAGUCGGCCUUCUGAAACAGACGGGUUAAAGUUAAACACUCUCAGCAACAGGGAAAAGGAAAACAGUGAUUGUGAGUUAAGAUGGCCUUAACGGGAAGUUUAGAAAGAAUACUCUCGUAGAAAUGGAAAGAAUAAAGAAAAAACUGUUUCUGAUCGUGCUGACGUCAAUCAGCUCUGAUCGUUAAUCAUUCUGUCUGGUAAUUGUUCAACGUCGAUUAUUUUUCAGUUUUUCACGUUGAGCAAUGGAAGUGUUUGAACUGAUGACAAAAUACUCGCUUAAUUCCAUGGAUUGUACUUGAUUUCAUCUGGCAGAAGUUAGAAACGAACUCAAAACCUCUUAAAUCUGUAAAGUAACCAAAUUAAUGCUUGACUGAUUUGAUCUAAAUUAAAUGCAGGUAUGUCAGGUGUUUGACAAAAUAAAUUAAACUUGCUCGCUGUCUGCUUCAGUGAUUGACAAGAGGGUCCCUUAUACUUUUUACGCGAAGCAUGAUUAGGCGAUUUUUUUUCUCUCGUGGAUCGUGAUUUGAUUUUUUCCCAAUUCGUGAAUCGUGAUUCGUCCACAUGGCUGCUUCACUUUCUUUCAAAAUAUUGUACCAAUUUUGCAUUAAACAGUAAUCUAUCAUAUCUUUGAUGUAGGUAUCCAGGUCGUGCUUUUCUUCUCCCGUUGUUUUGAAUUCUGGAAACGAUGUGUUUGAAGUCGUCUUGGUUUAAACCGGAGAGAACUUGGCCAGUAGAUCGCUAUAUGCAAAUAUUCCUUGAGAAAUAAUUAACCAGAACCGCUGCCACCAUGUUAUUUGCUCAAUUCCAUGUUAGAACUGACAACUUUUAUUCAUUACGAAAUCUUUAUAACUUAUACAAAGUGCGAUGUUCGUGCUUAUGCUAAUUGCAUGGGUGUGCGCGCUGUGCGAGUGCGAUGGUGACAAUUAUAUAGUGCAACCUUUUGCAUAAUCAGUCAUAAUUUAUGCGUUAUGCUCUUUUCGGCAUGGUAACUCCAUGUAAAACAGGCCCUUAGUCGCGUGACGUUUCAGAAGCCUGAAGUAUUUUGUGGAAGUUAAUUAAGGAGUGUCCAUACCGAUCCAAGAUUGUCUACAGUCCUUAUUUGAUUGCUGGUUGUUCGCUGCACUUGUUAGUUGGUAAGAAUUAUGUUCAAUAUAGAUAAAACGUGACUCGAGUGUGAAGAACUGAAUUAAACGUGACUCGUGAACCAUUUUGUUUUCCGUGAUGAAUUCCCGGCUUUUUAAUUGUUUUGAAAAUGAAUUGUUCAAGAACGGUUGUGGUUAAGUUUUGACCUGGGUUUGGACAGGACAGGAACUCUAUAUGGAUCAAUAAAAGUCAUAAAACAGACCUCUAAUGGUCCUUGAACAAAUAAUGUAAGACAUUCUGUCAUCAUUUGUUUCUUGAGACUGGUCAAGACUAGGAAAUUGAAAAUUUAGUUAGGGAAUUUGGCUUUUUACUUUCAUGUGAAAUGUCUCAAAUGCGUGAGCGUGAAAAAACUUUGAUAUUAUUCUUGAUGUGUGAAAAGGCCAAAUAUUUUUAUGUGACUGAGUUUUACAAAGGAGUGUGGCGGGGGAAACUCUGACAAUGAAAAGAUACAUGCAAUUAAAAUUCUUAGAAACCUUUGAACUCAGUUGUUUGUGAUUCAUUGACAAUCACUCUCAGUAAGAUGUAUAAGUAACCACAUCAUACUUUUAAUGUGCAUUUUAAGCCAAAAAAUUUCAAUUCCAGUAUUAAAUGGCCAGUUGUCUCUUGUUUGCGAAAAGAACAAAAACUUCCCUGUACCUAUUCAAUAAUUUUGAUCAUUAUACAUAAGAUUUACAAUGAAAAAGCUGAUUGGUCGAGAGCAUUCAAUCAAUAUACAAUAGUGUGUGAAGUUGACAUGAUAAAAUGCAAUAGCUGAGGCUUAUACUGCAUUUAUCUUCUCGAGAUCAAUGUCUGCCUAGUUUCCAAGACCUUAGAGUUUAGUGUUCUCAACCUUUUGCAAACCUAGAGAGAUGCUCAAAAUAGCUGAAUGCCUCAAAAAUUAUAAUAAAACAAUUAUUUCAUUCAGUUUUUGACAUCAUGCUCAACCUCAUUCAAUAAUCACUUAUUACUCCGGCGUCAAGACCAUGGAUAGACCACGGUCAUCCAUGUUUCUGCCAUGGUUGUUCACCGGACUUCCCGUUGUCCAAUUCUGUUUGUAAUAAUAUUCUUGAUUAACAAAUAAGACGACUGUUAUCAAUUAAUCACAAUAUAAAAAAAUUGGAGAAAUAAACUAGACAUGCAUUAUACAUUUAUACAUUUUAAUAAAAAAAAACAACAACAAUUAACUUGGCAAAAUCCAGGACAACAGUGUGUGCACAUGAUGCGUUCUUUCCACUUCCACAGGUAUGACAUGUUAAUUGUCCCUUUAACUGUUCUAUUACACUGUCUAAUUACAAGUAUGACACAUACACUGUACUAUAAGUGCUCAAAUUGGGCUGGUGAUAACCAAUCAUGUUGAAGAAUUUUGUUAUAGUUUUGAUUAACAGAUGAAAAGUUAUAUUUUCAGAUAAAAGUUUUUCCUCCUCAACAUUUUUAAAUACUGAUAUUUGAAAAUUGCUAAGCCCUGAAAAGGAAGUAAGGAUUUUUUUUAUUGCACUGAGAGGGGGUAGCCAAUAUUAAAGAUCCAUGGUUUCAAAAUUGUUGCAUUUUUUUUUUCAAGUCAACCCUGAGUUCUUUUUAACCAUAACUUGUUCUUUUGAGAAAGCAACAAAUACAUUCAGUACAUAUUUGGGGACAUGAAUCAUUUUGUUCUUAGAUAAACACUCUCAUUCCCUUGACCCUUUCACUCCCAAGAUCUCUUUAGUAAUUCUCCUUACUGUUUGCCAUACCAUUCUUAUGAUGUAAGUUUGGAGAAUUUGGUAUUGGAUCAUCUAAUAAUCCUCUAACUGAUAUUUUCCUUUGUUCAUAUCACUUACAAUAUCUGCUUGAUGUUGUGUUAAUAUUUUGCAAGGAUAAUUCCUGUAUUGGUCACUCAUGCAAGGUGAAGGGUUAAAUAAAUAUGUUAUACAUGAGUUUUGAUGUUGGUUAAUGAUUGCAAUUGUAAAAUUUUUAACUUGAAUUCAUUUUGCUGAAAAUUAAAUAUUCAAAAAACCAGGCACAAUUUGUAAAGAUUUGGAGACAGUCCUUGAUAGAUUUGUUAAUUAAUGAAGGAUCUUAAUUUAUUUUACAGUCAACUCUCUGCUAAUGGACACUCUCAUAGGUGGCCAGUUCUAAUUAUGGACACUUUUUUCAAUUCCUCAUUUUUCUGCUUAGUACCAAUUGAGUUCUUUAUCACUAUCCUCAGUUAAUUGAUAUAUACUUUUUCUUUUCACAUUCCCUUCUUAGUUAAGCUUUUAUUGAUAAACAUGAAUAAAAAAUUACAACCAGUUUCCUCUACUCUUUGUUAUUUUUUUAUUUCAUCAACAACAUUCAAUACAUAACAUAAUGAGUACAGCAACUAUGGGUGAUUUGGAUGAUAUUUCAUGCAAAACAUGUCUUCAAUUGAAAAUUGUAAUCUUAAAACCAUCAUGCUGCUAGAAAACUCUGUAAAAAAAACGAAACAAAACAAAGAGCUCUCAUUCUGAUUAUUUUUGUAUCAAAACAGUGAAUAUGUCAGUGAGAAGGACUUAUCCAACCAGUCUUUAUUAAAUAACUAGGACCAUAUUCUGAUGAAUUCACUCUGUUAAUUACAAGUAAGAAUAGCUUACAGAGGAUAAAAUCAAACAACAGAUCUGAAAAUUAGCAACUUGUUCUGAAUAUCUACACCUUAGAAAUCAUUCAUGCUUUGGUUUAUUUACAACUGUCUUAGGUUAUCACAUGAAAACAAAACCAACCAUAGAUUUGCACUAAUUAUUUCUUUCCUGUUGGAUAUUAAUUUUGAAAUGGAAGUAGUAAUCCGUAUGUUUUUGGAAAAACAGCUUGGAAAACUCAGUGGAUUUAAAUUCAAAUAUCUCUCUUGUUCAUAAUUGCCUUUUCAUUAACAUAUAUAACUCAAGCAAUUGUUUAUGAACACAAAAAUUAUACAAUUAGAUUUAAGUUGAAAUGUUUCUGAUGAAAAUAAAUAACUCAAGAGCCUUUACGCAUAAGCAUAAGUCCUUUACUCAAAAUGUUUAAAAGAACACUGAAGGGUGGAUGGCUUCCAAAGAUAAUGUACUACGAGGAAUAAAUCAUUACCUUGGUUCAGUAGAUGUUAAAUUAUAAACCUCAUUUUUGCCAUUUUUGGUUCGAUUGUUAUUAUAAAUGCCACAAGAAAGUUAGUUCAAGUUACUCACCUUUAAUGACAACUUGUUUUUUUCGUUCUGACAGUUACAUUACUAAGACAUGGAUUCCCAUAUUUCUAAAGAAAAGCUAAGAAGUAAGAUUGUAACAGAUCGUUUCGGAAGAAAAACAUUAAAUCUGUUAGCGUGGGAUUUGCUUGAAUUGCCUGAAGCGGUGCUGGAGUUAACUGAGUUGGACAUACUUAACCUGUCAGUGAAUAAACUUAAAACAAUACCUGAAAAUGUUGGAAAACUAAAUAAUAUUACGGUACUUGAUGUAAGCGGAAACCAGCUGUCCAUAUUCCCAGCAAGUUUGACACAGCUGAAGAAACUCGAAUGGCUGAACAUCUCACGUAACAAACUAACCACCAUCUCUGAUGCUAUUGGUGAGAUGGUGGAACUGGAGGGACUGGUACUGAGUUACAACCAGUUGACUGUGUUGAGUCCAGCUAUAAAACAGCUGAAGAAACUCAAAUGGCUGAACAUCUCACAUAACAAACUAACCACCAUCUCUGAUGCUAUUGGUGAGAUGGUGGAACUGGAGGUACUGGUACUGAGUUACAACCAGUUGACUGUGUUGAGUCCAGCUAUAACACAGCUGAAGAAACUCAAAUGGCUGCACAUCUCACAUAACAAACUAACCACCAUCUCUGAUGCUAUUGGUGAGAUGGUGGCACUGGAGGGACUGGAUCUGAGUUACAACCAAUUGACUGUGUUGAGUCCAGCUAUAAAACAGCUGAAGAAACUCGAAUGGUUGUUUGUAAAUGGGAAUCCUUUUACAGUUGAAGGAAUGAGAAGUGUUGCGGAGCUAGAAGAUAGAGGAAUAAUUGGCCGAGUAUAUUCAGAUCUCCAAGGUGAGUAAAGGAAAUUUCUGUUCACAUUAUUGUUGUGACAUGUGCAUUUACUAAAUUGGUUCAAAUGAUUGACUUGCAAGUGGUUAUUCUGCUUGUUACUGAUUAUUACAGGUAGCUGGCGAUAGGUAAACUGUAAAUACUGUCAGUUUUUGUGUGGUUUAACAAAGUUGGCAUCACUUGAGAAAUACAUGACAUUUGUAACGGAAGUUUAUGUUCUAUAUUGGAAAGCUUUAUUUUAACAAUUUGGCUGACAUUGAAAUUUAAGUUCAUCAAUAAGGAAAUAUGAUUUGAUGUGGAAUCAAGAGAGUAAAUGUUAUUACAAAUCAUUCUAUGCAGUUAGGCAUCAUUGUUUUGAGUUUUGCUUUCUAUUUGACUGGAAUAAAGAAAGGAUAAAAUGUAUCCCAAGUCAUUUCAUUAAUAGAAAUUGUUGUUUUAUUUUUGCUUUCUAUUUGAUUCAAUGAAAGUGUUCAAAAAUUGAAUAACUUGUAGCUUGUGAAACAAAAUUUAUAAACUAAUACAAUUUGUGAAUUAAGUUACAGGAAUAGAACUUGAAUUUGUUUUAAGCAUGACUAAAUUCUGAUUGUUAUUUCCAUAUCACUGGUGAUUUUUGUGCAAUGUUUUUUUACACUUGUAGUUGUUACCUUUUGGAUAUAAGCACUUUUUCUUUCUCUUUUACCAACAAUUAAUUGGUUAUUGACUCCUCACUACUUAGAAGAAUUGAUUUAAGUCAUUGCCUCUCUCUUUUGUGUGAUCAGUCACAAGUGGUUCUAAUUCUUAAUGUUAUAAAACAUUGAGUCAGUUUAGUUUUGGUGUGCAUGUUCACCAAACUCAUCACUACAUUUUAUGCCAGGAGAAUUAUUUUGAUUGACUGUGUAAUUUUUAUGUGAGAGUGGAAUAAAUGUGUUUUCCAAACUCACUAAUGCAUUAAUAUCAGAAAAAAAAAUUUGUGAUGGUUUAGUUUUUAUAUACCAGCCUUUAACUCAAACAUUAUUCAUGUUGGAUAUUUAUAGUAGUUGAUUUGUAAACUUUUAACUUUGCUUUUUUUUCAAUUAUUUUGUACAAAUUUUUCAGUGCAGAAAUUUCUUUUUUCUUUGUGUUGUGAAAACUCUCUAAUAAGACCAAAUAGCAGAUCAACGCAAAGUACAGCUGGCUUAUGAAAGGGCUUUGAAAGAUGGAUAUGUCACAGUUUACCGCAGUAGAAUAUUACUCAUUGGUCAGGAUCGAGCUGGUAAAACCAGUUUAAAGAAGAGUCUCCUAGGCCUUCCAUUUGACUCUGAAGAACAAAGCACUGAGGGGAUUGAAGUAGAUCCUUCAAAGUGUGAAAUUGAUGUUGACCAAGCUGCAAGGAACUGGCAGUCCAUUGGUGAGAUUAAACCAGGACUGUUGGAAUGUUCUAAAGAUGUGGCAAAGACUGUUGUGGAGAAAAUUUUUAUACAAGAUAAAACUUCAGAAGAAGAUUUGGAGAAAGAUUCAGUCCACAUUUCACCUGCAGAUUUUGAAGAGGGAUCUUUUGAUGGUUACAAAUAUGGCAGAAAAAAGGUGAUGUCAGAAUUCUAAAAACAUUCUUUACAAGUACGUGUAAGGCAGCUUUUUAAUGACAGUAUAGUUCAAAAUGCUUAAUGUCAAAUAAAGAUUAUGUAAACCUUAAAGUGAAGCAAAAAUUAAGAUUGUUUUAUUAUUUUUUUUAAUUGAUUUUGUUUUUUUACUUUGCAAUGGUCUUAGCCAAAAAGCAGGGAACUGCUCAUAGUCUAAACAAUAAUUUCCCUCCCAGUGUAGUACUUUCAUUUUAUUUAAUUUACAUCAAACUUUGGCAUAAUUAUUUCAGACGUGUAAUUAGUUUGCUGGCUAAACUGAAUCACUGUGGUACUUAACUCUUUCACUCCCAGAUCAAAUUUGCCAUUCUACUUACUAUAAAGUACAUAAUUUGUAUAAAAGUAGUUCAGAGAUUUUAGAAUUGGAUCAACUUAUUAUCCCCAAAUUGUUAUUCUUGUAUAUUCUCAUCACUUAUCUGGUUGAUAUUGUAUUGAUAUUGUAAGGAGAAAUUCUGUCUUGGUCACUCAUGGGAGUUAAAGGGUUAAAGUAAUUAAUUUCACCUUUGAUACAUUGCUCAGGUUGAGGAUAAAGGAGAUAACCUGUCAGUAGAUGCUACUCACAACAUUAGCAUUGAACACUCAAUAGACUGCACCUCAGAUGAGCCCAAGGUAAUUAUUGAUGUUGCUCAACCCCCUGAUACUGUGAAGCAUGUUCAUCAGUGGUUGGAGUAUCUCCAAAGCAAAGACACAAAAAGUGGUUCAUUCAAAGAAGAAUCCUUUAUUAUGGACAUCUGGGACUUUGCAGGGCAGCACCUGUACUAUGCCAGCCAUCCUAUCUUCUUAUCACAGCGCGCACUGUACAUAUUGGUGCACAAUCUCAGCAAGCCUUUGGAUGCAAAAGCUGAGCCCUGCAUGAGACAAGGGAGUAAUGAUGUGAAAUUGGAAAACCCUAACAAUGAAACAAACAUGGAGAAUUUGCUGUCAUGGCUGGCUACAGUACACGGUGUUUCCCUGGCAACUGAUGACCCAGAUGAUGGUGCACAACAUAAGCUGCCCUACCUCCGUCCUCCAGUGUUUAUUGUUGGAACACAUGCUGACAAACCAUUUGAAGACAUAGAAGUAAUAAAGAAACAAAUACAGGAGAGAAUUUCUGGUAUGGAAUAUGAGAAGCAUGUGGUCAGACCCUUAUUCUGCAUUGACAACACCCAGGGACAAAACUUGAUUGACAACAGUCAAGGACAAAACUUGAUUGACAACAGUCAAGGACAAAACUUGAUUGACAACAGUCAAGGACAAAACUUGAUUAAGAAAUUUUUCCAGAAGAUUCGAAAGCAGAGAGAAAAACAUAAAACAGGUAAGAUAUCUCAUGUCAUAUUGUAUCCUUAACAAUGUGUUACUUGCAGUAAUUGAUGGUUUUGUAAUUGCAUACUAGCUCGUCUAUGGGUCAAUUCCAAGAACACUUGAUUUGUGACCUUUUCCUUUUAAUCAAAGGCUCAUUUGGUAGAUGGUUGACAAGCAUUGAGCAUACAAUAAUUAUUGUCUGACUCAUAUUUACAUGUCAUCUAGCAGUUCUGCUGUGUGUAAUUAUAAUUUUAAAAAGGUUGGUAGACAUGUAGAAUGUCUCAGUGGGAGUGGUAAGGGAAGGAUACCACCCUGGUUGAAUGAGUUCAGGCUAAUACUGGAAGCUAGUUAGAGUUGUUGCAGUUGUUUUUUUUUUCAUUAGCUGCGCUCUUCUUAGCUUUCAGCUACUUUAUGUACCAGCAUCACUAUACUGGGGCCUAUAAAUUUUUGCUGACAGAUUCAUUAAUCUCAGAGUUUAAAAUAAGGAACAGAAGAUGAUUUUGGGAAAAGGAGAAUUAUCUUCUGAGCUAUGUUGUCAGCUACAGCAUAAAAUAUCUGUUAUCACACAUGUAUGAUACAAACUAUUCUCAUUGUAAGCACAUGUUUUUGUAUUACAUUAUGCUUUGAAUUCAUUUCCUAAGCAUAUACAGCUGAGGAAGAAGGAAAAGGAGAUGGAAUAGAUGAAUUGCAGAACAGAAUCCUGGAGGUAUUGAGGCAGGAGCCUUAUAUGGGGGAGAAAAUACCUGUCAGGUAAACCAAAAUAUCUUUUUACCUGGCAAACCUCAUUUCAUGGACUUUGGGAUUAAUAUUUUAUUUAAACCAUCAUGAAUAGUACUUUGAAGAGUAGUCAGUGUUUUCAGCAUAACUGUAUAUGUAUGUAAAUGUAUGUGAAAACAAAAAUAACUCACCUCCACUAGUUUGAAGUUAUUGAAACCCUUAAAAACAUCAGACUGUACAAAUACACAGCAGUUAUUUAUGUGCAAACAAACAGAACUCUAAUUCAUGACAUUGUGACAAUACUAUUUCUUUAAAAAGGUGUGAAUGUCUGAUGGAUAUUUGAGAAGGCACAGCUCUUUGAAUGGAGAAUGUUUGUGUGAAAAACAUAACCAUGUUUGAAUUUUCCUAAAGUUUGGAGAUAGCUAGACCAAGAAAAUAGAUGAAUUAACACUGGAAGACUACAAAUUAAUACAUGUCUGACUGAAGUUAAUAUCCAAUUUAAAACCCUAAUACAUUUUAAUUAUUCUGUUGCCUUCUAGAUGGUUUUUGUUUGAAAAGGUGAUUGAAGCUUUGCUGGCCAAACAGAUUUAUUACAGAAAUCUGCAACAACUUGAGCACUAUGCUAGGAAAGAUUGUUUCAUGAAAGAUGCAAAAGAGUUUGAGGCCAUGAUCAGUUUUUAUCAUGGCCUUGGGAUGAUAAUCAAGCACCACAGUACAGUUGUACUUAAGGCUCAGUGGUUGAUUGAUCUGUUCAAACAGCUGAUAACCGUUCCACCUUUCAAUGAACAGGUGAGAAAAAAAAUUUCAUUUUUGGAAAGCCUUACCUGCAAAAUGGUCAUUCAUUUAGAUCAUUAGAAAAUGAGCAUGACAUUUUUUUAAAUAAAUAGGCAACUAAUGCAACAGCUGUGAUGCUUUGAUCUUUACAACUGCUGAACCCAAGUUAUUUUGUGUACAUUUUGCAGCUUUUCAGGUCAUAAAUUGAUUUAGCCUUUUUACUUUACAACAGACUUGCAUUGACUUGCUACCAUUCACAAUCAUUGUAUUCACACAAGUGAAUAGUUCUUUUUGCAUGUGCUAAUUGGCUUCUGCAGUGGUGAAUAACAACUAAUAGUCACCUCUGAGCAGCCCAAGAUACAAAAUUGCACGUUAAGAGUGUAAUUUCUGACCACUUUGGUACACUGAUUGAAACAAACUUUUCUAGUUUCUGUACAUAUACGUGGCGAACAUUCAAAAGGAACAUUUAGUGGACUUCUCUAAUCUGGAAUUGCUGUCAUUUACAUAUUUUCUAGACUCCUUUAUAUGCUAAGUACUGGCAGGAACUUGAAGCAAGUGGCAUCCUUAGCAUGGAACAUGUUGAUCAUGUGUUCUCCAGCUUUAUCACGGGAGGAAUCAUUAAGGCAGACAUCCUUGACAUGAUGGAGCGAUUUGGUUUGAUCGCUAAGUUCUCAGCUUCCCCAACUGACGAGAAGUACUUUGUACCAGCUCAGUUGAAGUCAUCGCCUGUAGAACUUUGUAAAAUGGAAUUAUCAUUAACUGACCCUUGUCCAUUGUAUCUCCUCUUUGUCCAUGGCUUUGUCCCUCAUGGUCUUUUCUUGCAGCUUGUCUCCCGAUGUAUUCGUUGGUGUUCAGAGACAUGGGCCACGCAUCAACCCACCCUAUACCAAAAUGGAGCAUGGUUUAUUAUUGGGAAAGAUAUUCAUGAUUUUGUCCUCAUAUGCAAAACAGGAUUUGUGAAGGUAACCUUGAGACAAAGAGAAGCACAAAGUGAUCAGGCCGAAGGACAGAACUCCAUCGAACUAGCAACUCUUGUUCGUGAAUUUCUUGAAGACACCCUAAAGAAUUUGUCACAAGAAAUGCCAUACCUGAGAGGAAUGAAGUAUAGGCUGUGUGUUGCAUGUCCUUACUGUCAUCAAGGGGCAGAAGAAACACGUCGUGCAUGCUCAGACCAAGUAAAAACCACUUGUACACACAAGGACUGCUUCCACCUCAUUGAUGCAAACGAAGGUCAGCCGGACAUCUGUAAGCGAAAACCUUGCAAUAAGGUAGCACCAGUUUGUGGAUUAAAGAAAUGGUUCUUGAAAAGAAGAAGCCAGGUAUGAUUGAUUAUAGUGAUUUUUCACGAAAAGAUUUCUGGCCUCAGUUUCAUCUUUGCUUUGCUCCCCUAAUUUACUUGAUGUGAAUAUCAAUUGGACUGUUAUCAGUGGUGAGAAAGGGAGCCUUGAUAGGUUGUCUUCAGUUUUAAAUAUAAGUCACAAAAAAUUUCUAACAAGAUGAAAUUAUUUUUGAAUUUUAUACUCUUUUGUUUUUCUUUGGUAAAGUAUUGAUUAAUAAAAAUUUUGUAUGACCACACCAAAAGUUUUUUUUUUUCAUAAUCCUAUAUGACCUUUUUCUUCAGGUGUUGUCCUCUUCAAAUGUAAUUGCUAGAUCAUAUGAUGAAGCAAGUGAAAUCAAUCCAAAGAAGUCUGCCACAGCAUUGAAGGUGACUCUCCUUGGCAGUGAGUGGAGUUCGUCAAUGGGAGGCUUGUCCACCAUCAACAGACAGCUUGCCAUUCUGUUGGCCAAACACUCUGACGUGGACGUUACUCUCCUUGUCCCACAGUUUGCCUGUUCUGAAGAAGAGAGGAGAAUGGCUCGAAUUCACAAUGUAUCCCUCAGAGAGGCACAAAAACGUCCAGGCUAUGCCAACUCCCUUGACUGGCUGAGUGCUCCACCGAGAGAUCUGGACAUUGACAUAGUACUGGGUCAUGGAGCAAAGCUUGGUAAACAAGCUCAAUUUAUUAAAGAAUGGCACCAGUGCAAGUGGGUACAAGUAGUGCACACUGCACCCGAAGAACUUGCAAUGCACAAAAACUAUUCCAAGGCUAUUUCCAAGGGUCAAGAGAAGAAUUUAACUGAAGUGGCGUUGUGUAAGUUGGCAGAUGCUGUGCUAGCAGUUGGACCAAAGCUAACAGACGCUUUCUCCGUUCAGCUCGGCUCAUGCAAGAGUGAGGAUGACAUCCUUCAACUGACUCCUGGAACUUUCCCUGAGUUCUGUGUGGUAAAACAAGCCUCAAAGGAGCGUAACAAGUUCAAGGUCCUGACGUUUGGCCGUGGUGAUCUAGAGGACUUUCGUCUGAAAGGCUACGAUAUUUCUGCCAGAGCAAUAGUUGAAUUAAAAGACAAGUCUUACCGUCUUAUCUUCGUGGGUGCACCUGAAGGUAAACAGGAUGAGGUUGCAGACAAUUUACUGAAGAGUGGAAUUGAUAAAAGCCAGCUGACCGUGAGGAAGUUCGUGCAAAGCGAAGAGGGAUUGAAAGAAUUAUUUUAUGAAGUUGAUCUCUGCAUCAUGCCCUCCAGAACAGAGGGUUUUGGUUUGACAGCGUUAGAAGCGUUCUCUGCUGGUCUUCCCAUUCUUGUCAGUGGAAACUCAGGAUUUGGUGAAGCACUGUGCACUUUACCAUCAGGCAAAUCAUUCGUGGUGGAGUCUGAGGACCCUGAGGAGUGGGCAAAGGCAAUUGCUGGUGUUCGACAGAAGAAAAGAUCAGAUCGACUUCAAGAUAUUCAACAACUGAGGAGUUCAUAUGAAGAGAAGUUUAGCUGGGAGAAACAGUGUGACAGUCUUGUGGAGAAGAUGUGGGACAUAGUUCAUGGUGAGAAUGUUUUGAACUUCCUUCAAAAAGUAUUUUAGGGGGCUACUUGGCUUUCGGUUUCUUAUUAACUGUGACGGAAAGCAUGAACCCCUCGUAUAAAAAAGAUGUUGAACAUGAAUAGUAAUCAAUCGUUUUAUCCUCAUGUUGUUUACUGUGUUAUUAAAAUAAAAGCUUCUUUCUAUCUUUUUAGCUUCUAAAAGACGAGACACAAGUUUCAGAGCUCGGCAGGCCGAAGUUAGUGACACGUCAACUAAACAACCAACAGUUGAUUCAUUACUGACUCCAAGUGAGUAAAGAAUUUAAUAACUCAUCAUAAUUGACAUCCCCAAAGAAGUACAGACAAGUUACAAGGAGAUCGAAUAAUUUUCUUUCCUUGACUUUUGACUUCAGGCCAGCUUUGCUUCGUAAAAACUUAGCACGGUGCUCUUUGCUUCUGAGACAUGUUUUUACUUAUACCCCUGCACUCUUAAGUCACAAACGGAAAGCAUGUACAAACAAAUUUGAUUUUCUUUCACCUCCUGAUCCGGACGGACGGCUUAGUGUUAUUUAUUUCUGUGAGUCAUUUGAAGUUUUCAUCCAGUUGGAAACUACCAGAAAUUGUCUGAAACCAGGUCUGAAACAAGGAGACAUGGGGAGCUUUUACUGUUCCUAUUAAAAUAAGUUUAUGUUCUAUUCACAAUACAGUUGUCUUUCGAAACAAUAUUGAAGUAAACACAUAUCCAUACGACAGACGGAAUACAUCGGUAUAUUUUUGAAGCCCGUUCUUUUUUUCCAGGAUUUAUUUUCCAGUUACGCAGAUAUGUCAGAGUGUAGACCUCGUUGUUAAUUUUUCUUCUCUGCUUCUUCUCUCUUGAUUAUUGGUGUAUUCAUUCACGGACAGAAAUCGAACUCAAAAAGUAGCUGGACAAAACAGCGGAAGUCUGGUGGUUGAAGCUCUUUUCCUUUUUACCCUAAAAGUUUCUCUUACUAGAUUGGGAAUUGUUAUUUUCCAGCAGACGAUUGUUUCGCUUUUUUACUGUAGUUAGAUUAAUAAAAACCUUGUGUUUUCAAGGUUCUCUUGACCGAAUCAUCCAGGAACUUCAGCAGAUGCAACUAGAUGCAAGCAAAGUCAAGAGCAGAACAGAUCUAUCAUUGGGGCUUCAGAAUAUUGCAUCAGACAGGGGCUUCAGAGUAUCUGACAAUCAAGGAUUAGGAAAUUGCAUGUUCUAUGCCUUGUCCGAACAACUGGAAAUUUUUAAGGGAAUCAAAAUCCCGCAUGGUGAAUUAAGACAAACCUUGGUUCAGUACCUCAGGAGUAACCCUAAACUUGUAAGUUGAUGUUAGUAUGUUUGACAGAGUAUGUCACGUGAUGUUAUUGUCUGAGUAUGAUAAGGGUUAAGUGAUAAUACGGGCCACUUGGCCAACACCACCAGAACCUAUCCCAGUGUUCACAGCGUGAAGUGACCAGGAGUAUUGUUACUCCUUCUUUAUGGAAUGAUGGUCUUUUUUUUUCAGGAGCUCUGAAACCAGCUUGUGACCCUGGUGGAAAGGGGAACUUAAGAUAUUUAACUUUAUUGUUUAAGAAGCCACGCAGCGACGUUGGUUACAGUUAAAUUCAUAUGUUACUUAUUGUGGUGUCCGGAGAAGCAGGCCACCACGGUUUUAGUCAUUUGAAUAUUUCAGUUUCAGAAGAAUUUCCUUUAAACCUCCAUCAGAUGACAGAAUUAUAGUCAUUCUCUGAAUGAUGGAUCUUUCUUGUUGUUUUCCUGCAGUUUGCAAAGCAGAAAAUGUGUUACUAUACAGUACAUUGCCAAUUAAAGGUCGUCUCGUACCAUUCUGAUAAAAUUACUCCCUGACUCGUACUCCACGCGCUCAAGUUCCCAUCAACAAUCCUUUUAAAUUUCCUUCUUUAACUGAUCUUUCUUACAGCCGAAUGGAACAGAUCUGUUUGACUUUGUCCAUGGACAUCAAACAUGGACUGAAUACCUAGUACACAUGGAACAAGAUGGCGCUUGGGGUGAUCACGUGAUUCUGUGUGCUGCAGCAAACUGCUUUGAAACGUGCAUUCGUGUGGUCAGCAGUCUAUCCCAUAGCCAUGAUGUAAUCAUUACGCCACAUUUUUCAGUUGACGAAAGCAAACCUCUUGUGCUGGGACAUAUUCAUGAGGUGCACUAUGUCAGCCUUCAACCCGUGCAAGGUACAGCUCAUUACUUUACUCCAAUUAACUGA